CUAGUAUGACAUAAAUUCAAAUGCCCAUCUAAACAAUAUGCAUUUAAAAUAAACUUGACAGAAACGCUUUAACUAGGGAUAUGAAACAAAAAAUGAAUGGCGUAUUUAAUUAUAGAAUAUGUUUAAUGUCUUCAAGAUGUAGAAUAAUUCCAUUAGUGCAACGGUUUUACAGCAAUGAUUUUGAAAAGAAGUUUACGGAUUCUCAAAAAGAGAAAAUAUUGCAGGUUAUAAAUGAGGAUAGUGGUUCCUUGUCUAGGUAUGAAAUUAGUAAAGCUAGAUUAAGAAAACUCUCAGAUUGGCUUGGGAAGAACGGUCAAAUUCAAGCAAUAUCAGAUAUAAAAAGUGUAGACACCUUUACAGAGAAACUCGCCAUGAAGUUAUGUAAUAGUAUAUUAGAUGGACCAAAGGUGGAAAACAAUAAUCUGAUCAAAAGCAUUAAAGGACAAAUACUUCAACCAUCUUUAAGUGAAAGUAUACGACAGUCUUGCAAAUCUGUGGUAGCAGUGGACAUAACUGUCAAUUCAGUUUGUUGGGUUCAGAUAAAUAAAGAAAACUAUGAAGUAAAUGAAUGGAAAUAUUAUAACAUUGACUAUCCAAAUGCUAAGAAGUUGCAAAUUACAGAUAUACUGGAUAUUGCCUGGGAUAUAACCAAAAGACUUCCAGUUGCCGACAUAUAUGUUAUGAAGGCUGAGGCAAGAAGUCUGCGAGCGUCUGGAAGUGAUCCGAAUAAUCCAAAAGUUCUAGGGGUCAAUUUACAGAAAGCACAACUUGUUGCAAUGAUUGUUGCACUUAUUAAUGCUAAAAAUAUUGAUGUUAAAUUAAGUAGUAAUAGUGAAGAAACAACGCAAGAUUUUACACAGAGAGUCUAUUUCUUAAGACCAACUCUUCCAUAUAGGUUAUAUGGCACAUUAGUUGGUAAUGAGCAUGUUUCAACUGAACAGACGGUUGAAAAUUUACUUCAAGAAGCGAGCCAAGAAAAAACGACCUCUCACGUCAAUGUUCCGGUACGGAUAGUUACCAUGUUUAGAAAUCAAAAAGACUUAAGAAAAGAUAUGCUCGGCCAAUGUUUGUUGUUGGCACUUACUUUUAUGGAUAUAUGUAUUUAUUUAAAUAAAGAAAGUAUAACAAAACUGUUAAAACGUGGCGAGUAAUUCAGCUAUUAUUGUUAAUAAAUUAUAGUUUGUAAUA